UUCCUACGUGAGCAGACCCACUACACUUCUUGCAUAUAAACAGUGAAAAUUACAAUAUAAAGGACUUAAUACACCUUCUCUUGGAGUAAUUUUACCACUAGUCCAAGCCUUGCCUGCCUAGCAGGGCUGAAGUAUAUUUUCUGCAGGUAAUUCCAACCUCAAGAACCUGCUCACCUGCCUAUCCCUGCAAAAACUGACUGUCUGAUCUGGAACCCCUCCUGGAGGUCACAGGGUUUAUAGUUCUUUUCUUAAAACCAUCUGGCUCCCCAGACAUGGUUAGCUUUGUACCAAUGUGAACCAGAGCAAAGACUACACAGCAGAGACUGUUCCCUCUGAAUCCCCUUCUCGGCUUUAUUCCAGUCCUGGUCAUGCCCCACGGGGCUGUAUGAGGCUACUUGGGAAGACAAGUUUCCACCAGUGAAUAAAAAGGGAAGGAACAUGAUGGAGAACAAUGGCCCCAGAGGAGGAAUUUCUGUUUGACAUGAACAGAUGUGCUACCCCAGGAACAUCAUGUCAUUUCAAAAGAGCAAACACCUCAGUUGUUUGUUACACUGCCUAUUUACACUCCAUGCAGAGGAGACACACUUAAGAGGCUGGCUGUACCACACCUGAGCCAACCCCUACCAGGGAAAUGAACUAGAUAUUCCAAAUGUAACAGAAUCUACCAGGAAUUCACUUGUCAUGGACCUUGAGAUCACUUCUAUUGUAUUUUCCUGAUCUGUGUGAAACAGAAUGACAGACUUCCUCCAGGAUCUGAACAAUGUGAUACCAAUCGAUACCCAGACCACCAGCAACUUCCUUAGAUUGGAUAUUUGACCAUUAGAGUAACUCAAGUAUUUAUCUAAUUAGCAACUAGCUCCAUGAUGAAAAAAAAAGUUUAACUCUGGAAGAAACAUUAGAAAUAGUUGUAGAAUAAAAUCUAUAGACUGGGGAUGGCCAACAUAGCAAUCCAUGCAAUCAGGACACUUUGUCUUCUCCUCCACCACCUCUGCUGGCUAUUUUUGGCAUCUGGGGCUUUGUCACCAGAUGCAGCUCGAAUGACUUAAUGCAACAUAUCAAGGAAAAACUUAUAGUCCACAGACCUUCAAAGGAGGCUCGAUGGCCCAGCAAAGCAUGAAAGUGAGACCCGUGCUCCUGAAGCGGAACAGUCUGGAUUCAGUGGAUUUUGUGAAACAGCCCCACCACCGCAGAAGCAAAUCCCAACAAGUCCGUUUCAAGGACGAUGGAGCUUGUAAGAAUCAAACUAGCCUGGCAGAGAUGGAUGUCCAAACAGACCAAGACUCCAGCCUGACGGGGAAGGUGCAGGCGUCUCGGCACCAUCACCUGCCCAACUACUCCCUGUCCUUCCCCAGGUCCCAGAAGGGGGGGAGCAUCCGGAACAUUGCAAUCCAAACUUCCCCCAGCCUUAGGAAGCACUUCCCUGUUUUUAAAAGGAAAAAGCUCACAGCCAGCAAGUCACUAGUGGAAAUGCCCACAGGGUCUAAAAACUCCAUCCAGGUCAAUGGCAAUCUCUCAGAGCAGGACAUCAUGUCUUCUGAUCUUGCCUACUUACGGAUCACUAGGCAUUUAGAUGACGUGCCUCACCGAGGUAAGAAAGCGCAUCCAUUUUUUCCCAGAGUGUCCAAGGCACAAAGCAACGGGCCUGUUAGCAUCUGCUUUGAAGCAGAUGCUCUGGGGCCCUCAGAAAAGGUGACGGCUUCUAUACAAGUUCCUGAUGAUAUAUGUCAUAGCCCUCCAUGGGCUACCAAAGCCCCCACUUACAGCAUGGACAGGCCUGGUGAAUUAAGCAAUGAAAUACAUCCUUGUGCUAAUACAUGCCCAGAGGAUGUGAAUGGCAGGCUGCCAUCUAGUUCAGAAAGGCCCUCCUCCUGCUUGAGUACUGCCAGCGGUGCUCACUCCUUGCCUGGCAGAGAUAAAAUGGACCCUGAAUUGCUUUUGCCCAAAGACACAUCUGGCAUGAAAGAGCCAGCUCCUUUAUCACCUCCAUCAAAGGGAACUUGCACUCCUUCACCUCCACAGACUCAUAGCUCCUCGCCUUGUUUCCUCGGAGAGUACAGACAGGCAGCCCCUCCUGAAACUGCUUUUGACUGUGCUACACCGAGUCAUGAUCACAAGGACCUAAUAUCAUUGACAACUAGCAACAUGACAAAAUCUGCUACUGAGUGUCGAGAGGAGACAGAGAAAAAUUCCAGCCAGGCAGAUCCUUUGGAGUUUAAAAAUUGUUUAGGAAGCUUUCACCCCCAGUCUUCUCUCCCAAGGAGUGAAAUCAAACCUCCAACCAACAAAGAGAUUAAAGGAAUUAAUCAAAUGCACCUGGCACACAGUGAACUGUAUGACCUCCAAGGAAGACUGCAAUCCGUGGAGGAAUCUUUGCACUCAAACCAAGAGAAGAUUAAAGUCCUUUUGAACGUAAUUCAAGACUUGGAAAAAGCCAGAGCCCUCACUGAAGGACGUAACUUCUACCGAACUGGCCAGGACCUCAACAACUGCAGCACUUGUCAGAACACAGCAUGCAUCAUAUACAGUGUAGAAUACGAUUUCCGACAGCAAGAAGGGAGGUUUCAUCAAGUCCUAAGUAGUCUGGACCAAGUAGAACCACCACCAGAGACAGCCCUACCACCAAAGCCGCCAGCAGAGCCUCCUGCUCCUGAAAAACAGGACUUGCGGAGGAAAACCAAAAAGGUGAAGAAGAAAUGUUUCUGGUGGAUUUGAGCUUAUUAGAGCACUGCAAUCCUCAAACUCCUUCCCAAAGCGGGGAAGUCAAGUGCCAUGUCCUCUCCUGCCUGGGAGCCAAACUGCUCAACAGACCACCAAGGUCAUCCCAGGAGGUGUGCAAAAUACCGACCUGAUCAGAGGUGGGGCAGGUAGGCCUCAGCAGGGUUGGGACCAGUCAUGCAAUGGGACAGAAGAGGCAGGUCCCACUUGCUAAAGGCUUUGUAGAUACUCUAAUGCCAACUUGCAGAGCUCCCUUUCAAACUUAUUUGGUUUUAUAGGGCAAGAAGGUUGCCAGCAGCCACUCACGUGCUCUUUCAUUACCCCAGCAUCCUGCAAUGACCCACCCACCAACACCAUGAAUACAAACACUCUCUGACCUAGGCUUACAGACAGGGAAAGGGAGUUGGUACAGAGAAAUGAGGGUACCCGAGGACUACUCCUCAAGUGUCCUAGGAAAACAAACAGGCCCAGUCCACAGUUUUCUGAGACAUCAGCAAUACUUAAGCACAAAAUGAGGUCCAACUGCAUGGUAGCCCUAAUUUGUUGGUACUUUUUCAUUCCUUAAUUAGAAAUUUAAACCCAAAUUAAUUAUUUAAUUAUUUCAUGACACCGAAAAGCUACUAGGACUUGCAAAGAGGUCCUAAUUCUACACACACACACACACACACACACACACACACACACACACACACACACACUCCAUUAGCCUGGUCAGGAUUAUAACUGGUUGCCCAUUUUGAAAUAUAGUGAAUUUUCAGCAAAUGAGAAUGGUAUAGGAAGAAUAAGAAGAAUUUCUGUCAUGACACUCACAUUCACAUGCUAUCUAGUCACAGAUCCUCAGAGUUCCCCUUCACAAGGUGAGGCCAGGAGAAUCUGGGCCUGAGGUGAUCAGGCUAUUUACAACAUUCCCACCCCCUUUCAGCCUCCCUUGUAACAACCACAACAAAAUCAAUUAAGUAAAAGCAACCAACAUGGUAGCUAAAUCUAACCUUUCCUGCCAGUAGAAUGUAAGCUCCUUGAGGGCAGAGACUGUUUUGUUUUGGUUUUGUAUCCCCAGCACCUAGCAUAGUGCUUGCACAUAGUAGGUGUUUAAUAAAUGGCUAUUAAAUUGAAUUGGCUAACUGAGGCCUCAAUUAAAUCCCCAUGAGAUUUAAAAAAAUAAUAAUAUUUAGUGCCACAAGAUUAAGGUGCCCCUACCUAUUAUUUUCUAUUUUUUUGGUAUUCUCAGUUUCGUAAUAACUACAUCAUAUGUUCAGCUAUUCCGAUAGCCUUAUGGAUCAUUUCAAAUCAGCUUCAGGUUCCUGCAGUUUAUUAAUCUGAGGCAUACAUCUUCACAAUGAGCUAGAAAUGAGGGCCUGAUGGGAAGAAGUUGCAGAAUUUGUGAUGGCAAUAAAUUUCCUAUUUCUCCUAAGCUCUGAUUUCUGGUGAGUACCCAUGGCUAAUUUUCCCCUAGGCUCUCAACCUAAGAGAACAGUCUAAUUUAAAUGGUGGACAACACCUCAAAAAGAACAUAAUUAGAUUUCUGCUGCACAUGCAUGGGGAGUGAGAGCAAGGGUCAGAAAGCCUCCUGACUAAAUUAAACCCAACAGCAGCUUGCUGAGGCAGUCAUGCUUCAAUCCCAGGGAAAAGGGAAGAGGCAGACUCAAAGCAUAUAUAGGCUGUAGAGAGAGACUAUUCAAUGGUCUGGUGCAUCAGUCAACGUGGGGCUCCCAAAACACCAGUUGCAGAGUCACCUGGUAGAGCUUCUGGGAGGAGCCAUCUACUCACAGUUGUACAGGAAGCACUGGCCCCAUCCCAAAUCAAGGCCUCUUGAGCAAACCUCACCACCAGAGUCACCUUCCCACAUCACAGCAGUGCAGUCUACAGAGCUAUUUCAGAGGGAGGAGGAAAUUUUCAGGAAAGUUGCCAAGAAAUUGCAUCAGAAUUGCUGAAACUGCUUCUGUCUUGUUUCCAGAGUAGUGUCUAAACUCACACAAAGAGACCCUAAUAAGGCCCAGAAUACACAAAUAAAACCAAUGAACCUUAUAAGAAAUAUGCUUAUCACAUAAUCUCUUCCUGAAGCCACACUUAAUUACAGCAAUAGCUAAAUGCCACAGAUACUUAAGUCUGCAUCUCUGUACAUACAGUCAAUUCUCAAAUGGUCCCAUCUAUGAAAAAGAUCAAUAAUAUGGAUAAUCUAAAACAAUAUUAAUCAAAAAUUUAAUUAUACUUGGUUUUGACAUAUGAGAUUUUUUGCAAUGCAUUUGCCAUCUUAAUUAUUCUUUGUUUAAAUUAAUUUUUAAACGUGUCUAUUUUAGCUGAAUAAACUGUAUUUCAGGAAGGUGGUCCAGGACUAAGCCGAAUAAUGUAGGGAAGCCAGCCUGGGAGCAGCCUUUCUGUGUGGAUAACACAUACUUGUAGAAAAGACAGCUUAUGGUAUAACGAUGCCCAUUAUCCAUCCACAACUACACGAGCCCACGUAGGCCCAUGUAUGUGCCCUAUUACAGGAGCUCCCGCAGCCUCACCAGAGCAUAAGGGGACGAGCGCUAGAUUCUGAAAACAAGGAAACACAAAUUGAACCGGAAGACAAGCAAUGGUUCUGUACUGGAGCACAGUCCAGGUGCUCCUAGGAUCUGGUUCUGGAACAAGAGAAGGGAAUUCCUCAGUACCAAGCCUGUCCAAAUCAUUAAAGUGAGAUGAGCCUUGUCACAACUUCCCCUUCCAACCAGUAAAAUAUUCUCUGAAUUAUUCAAAACUCUCACUAAAACAGUAAAAACAAAAACAAUAACAACAACACACAGAAGCCAAAAAACCCUACUUAUCUCCUUGUAGGAAGACAGACCUUCUCCAUUGUAAAAUAAUGUAUAGCAUCUGCCAUCAUGAUUUUACUGAAAUACUACACUUGUUUUAUGGAGAAAGAUCCUUCCAGCAAAAAAUUCUUUUGUAUAACAGAGAGGAAACAUGGAUCGACACCAACACAUUCUACAUGACAGGAGUUUCCAUAGCUACUUUCUCCGUAGUGAAAUAAAAAAGAUGACUCACUAAACUUGGUACUUAAAGCUAGCUGCUCUAUAGAGCAUCUUCUUUAAAAUGAUGUACUAAUGUAAUGUUUUGUAAAUUUCUAAA